UUCAUCGGUCAAAGUCUUAACAAAAUACGCCAACAUUCAUAAAACGAAUGAAGUAGAUAUUUUAGACAGACGGCUAUGGUCCUCUUCAACUGUUCAUCGAUCGGUCAAAACUCAAAAGCGAACAUAAACAGUACCCAGCUCACAAGCCAAGUACGAAAAGCCUUCUAUUUCCGGCCGGAGACACUGCCCAUCUUCCUGGCGCACUGAGCGAUCCGCCUCCUGUUUGAAAAGCAAAAGAUCAAGAAAACAGACUCGUUUCAGAAGAAGAGGAAAAAUAAAGAAGACCAAAAACCACCUCCUCCCCUCCGCCUCCACCGGCGGGUUUAGCCCUAACUUUCCGGACCAAGAGCUGCCGGUCCAGCCCGUGCUCUCCUUCUCUCCCGGUUUCCCAUCACUCUCUCUUUCUUCCUGCGACGCCGGGCGGAGGAGGUGUUUCGGCAGCCGGCUUUCCAAGCAAGGCGGGAUCGUCGGACGGAGUCACGUGCUGGCGCGCCUGCACGAAAGACCGCGUGCUCCGGCGCCGACUUGGGUCCGCGUCCGACUCGAGGCAGGCGCUGCUGCUCGUCCACAUUGUCUGGCUCUUCGUGCUCCGUCCUCGUCGGCUUCUUCUCUCGGAAUGGAGGUUGUGGAUUUGGUAUCAUCUGAUUCUGAGGAUGAGGCGUGCAUUCACUCGCCUGAACGGAAGCGUCCUGCCUGGGAGGCAGAUCCAUCUGUUGACCCCAGGACCGGGAGUGCCUGCACAAGAAUUGGGGGUCACGGCACCCAGAGCUUUCUUGAGCAGACAAGAUUGAAGAGGCCGCUGCAUCAGCCAAGUGUGACAGUAAAGAAAGACAAGGAGAAGGUUGGUGAGAGGGAGAGUUCAUGGGCAACAGGAGCUCCUUCGCUCAGCGGAGGAUCGCAUGGUGCUAGUGGUCGUAUCUUGGGAGCCGGAUGGGAUUCAUGGAAUGGAAGGGUAAGCAACUCCGGAGAUGGAACAAGUGAGGGAGACUGUUUCUGGGGUAACCAGAUAGGCAGAUCAAUCUCUGAGCCCAGGGAAGAACCAAACAACAAGGACGAGGUCGCAUUGUCUGGGCAAAGCAGCUCCAUGGACAUUCCUGACUUUCUCACGGAAAGUAGCUCAGCGUGGAUGUUGAGGAUUAAGGGGCUCCAUUUCCCACUUCCCGAUGAGAACCAGCUGAAGGCCAGGCAAAUUGAGUUAGAUGAGAUGCUUGCCCUCAAGCUUCAGGAGCAGUUCAACAGGGAACAGCCAGGCUCUGAAAAUUCCCAAGAGGUAGAUACAACUCUAGCCUGGACAUUGCAAGAGGAAGACACUGCUCGUGCCAGAAUUGCUGCUAGAGAGGGACAAUCUAGUUCUAGCCAAAGGGACUGUUCAAUGGCACACUUGUAUUCAUAUGGCCGGCACUCGCCAGCUGAAAAUUUUACUUCAUGGACAGUUAAUCACACUCAGGCUCCAAUAUCAAACAGAAGGUGGUUGCCAAGAAACUCCAAUGGCCCGGAAUUUGAGAAACGGAAUAUGAUUAUCUCUCAGUUGACCAAAGGAUGCUUUGGACAAGAAAACCUGGAUUUCGGAAUGAAAAUAGCCAUACUGGACUCACUGCAAGAAGCACUUGAUUCCUGUGAGGACACAUAUACUUCGGAUUUUGAGGAUGAUGAUUAUGUGAACUCCAUAGCGUUUGAUGACAACAACCAUUGCAUAGGAGUCUCUGACAGUGAGAUAGACAGCCUACCACUAUCUGUAGUUAAGGGAGAAAGUUGUCGCGACGAACCCUGUCCUAUAUGCCUGGAUUACCCUGCAGAUGGUGCUUCCCUCCGGCAUUUGCCGUGCAUGCACAAAUUUCACAAAGAGUGCAUUGACAGGUGGCUUCGGAUGAAGACUUUGUGCCCAGUGUGCAAAUCUAGCGUAAUCUGACAGGACGUGUUGGGAGACUUUCGUAUGGAAGCAUUUUGUACGUCGGGUCCCCUGCUAUGCGUAAACGAUUUUGUAGUGUCGUGUUAGGCCCUGCUGGCCGACUUCGAACGUUACAGAGCCUCGUUCCCUCUCUUUUGGCUGUGAGCAGAUCUUGUAGUCUUCCUAUGAUAUGUAGGCAAGAUGGAUGAUAUCGUUUUGUUUGCUAUUAUCUCUGUCAUGGGUACGAAGAACGUGAUCCAUAUGAACAGAGAUUGAAGACAUGUUCUGGGGAAGACUUGCCACUCCCAACUUUUAUAAUUCAAGUUCAUAGCUUCUGGAAUUCUGAAUUA